AUGGUGGUGAACCUGAAUGCCAGGGACCGAGCCACAGCAGCACAUGCUGCUGCUGCCAGGUAUGGUAAGGUCUCCCCAUUUGAUGAAGCGAAUUCUCGGCCGCCUUCCAGACCAUCCUCUGCAAGACCUUCAGCCAGACCUUCAUCGGCAGGCACAGCUCGCACAAAGCUUGGCAACGAAUCUCCCAAUCGAUCUCCACGGUUGCACUGGGGAUUGAACUUUACUGUGCCUCGAAGCUUUGUAGAGAUUGCUGCAGGACAGCAUAUUGAUUGGUUGGAGUUGCAGUUUGGGCCAAAGGAAAUCAAAUUUCGAGAGCUCGGAGCCAAGUUGGAAGCCGAAGCCAUGGAGGCGGCUGCCCGCGAGGCAUUGCUGGCUCGCAAUGGAUUGGAGCGGCGACGCCGGGCAGAGAGAGCCUGCAAGGAGAAUCGAAACUGCACGGGGGAACCAUGGCGUCAUGGCCGGCAUGGAGGCCAUCAAGGAGAUGGACCCCCUGGCGGGGGUGGGCCUCUGCAUCUUCCUAGCCGGCGCAAUCGAACAGGCUACGGAAUCCGCACUAAGGCACCGGCAGCUGAUGGAAGCACGACGCUUGCACAGGGCAGCUCGGCCUGCCUCGGCGCCACUCGCGCGUGGCCCUCCUUCAAGGCUCACUUGAGUGAAAGGAACUCCUCCAAAGAGCAUGCUGCAACGAAUCACAAAGGCUGGCUAGCUGCACUGGCCAGAACAGACGUGGUCAAGAGACAAAAGUUGGAGACCCAGUUUGAGGAGCUUAUAGCAGAGCUUCAAAAGCGCUUUGAACAGCAUAGCGUGGACUCCGCCGUGGACGAGCUCUUUAUCAUCUCCGACUUGGAUGUCUCACAGAACAAGCUCUCCUUAGAUCAGUUUCAAACUCUUUUCACGGUGCUGAGCUACCCCAACGUUUGCGUCGAGAGGUUCCGCAUGUUCGGCUGCCCCACGCUGGAUGAUAGUGUGAUGCAGGUUUUCAGCGAUUAUCUUCGACAACUGGCCCCGGACUGCGCCCCCCUGGAGUUGCAUUUGAGUGAUUGUGCUGUGACAAGCGAGGGCUUCCACUCUCUAUGCGGCGCCUUAGAGGAGACGCAGCUGUACCCGAAAGCCAACAGUCUCAGCCCCACCAUUGGCACGCCACUCUAUCUCCGCCUUGAGAAUAACUACAUCACGGAGGAGCAUAUCAAAGAAAAGGUCGAUGCUGGAGUCCUACGGCACUUCAACAAGGCGAAUGGUAAGACUGCUCCACUGUCUGGUGGUGCCAAGGCGAAUUUGGUGAUGAAGGGGAGCACCUACGGCCAAAAGGAGGGCAGUCCGCCCGCGCCGGAGGAAGCUCCACCAAAGCAGAUCUUCGACCGGAACAACCCGGCCACGAAGCUACAACAGGAUAACUGGAAUCCUUGGAUGUGGAUGAUGCAGUUCGGUCCUUGGGGCGGUUGCCACAAAGGUGGCUGGCAGAAAGGUGCUAUGAAGGGCAUUCAGACAAGUGCCGUGAAGGGUGGCAUGCAGAAAGGUGGCAUGACGCCCUGGCCAGGACUUAUGGCACUUGCAGGCAAAGCAAAGGGUAAAGGCAAACAGCUGGGGAAGUCACAAAACCCACAGCAGAGCGGCGGCCAGAAUCAGUGGCAGAAUCAGAACCAGCACGAGAGCCAGUCCAGUCAGAACUGUCAAUCCAGCCAGUGGUCGAAUGCCCAAUCCUGGCAGAAUCAGAGCCAGGGGAAAUCCGAUCAAGACCAGAAUCCGAGUUGGAAGGCGUGGGAAUCCAAGUCAUCCACCUGGCAGGAUCAAGGAGGCAGUUGGAAGGACAAGUCAUCGACGGAGUGGUCAUCAAAUGACAGCUCUUGGGGAAACGGGUCCAGCUCGUCCCAAGGCCAAAGUUGGCAAAAAGAUUCCAGCACAGGCUCAAAGCAACAGCCGCAGAACCAGGACUGGAAACGGCAAGAAGGUCGCCGCGGUUGGACUUCCCAAGGCUCCGAAGACCGAUCCCGGACGCCUGCUCCGCGUCCAAAGCCUGAGGCACAAGAAAAGCCGCCGCCCCCCUGGGAGAUUCACUAUUCAGAGGAACAUCAUCUCAAGUACUUCUGGAACAGUGAGACGGGCGAAUCCUUGUGGGAGAAGCCGGAGAAGUGGUAA